AGAGGGAGAGAGAGAGAGAGAGAGAGAGAGAGAGAGAGAGGGAGAGGGAGGGCUGUGUGGCGUGAGGCAGUGCGUGUGCUCAGUGUUUAGGUGAAUCCACAGCCCUCUGGCUCACAAGGAUAAAGGAGUCUCUCUAAGGAAGACAGAGAAAAGCAACACAAGGACUUUUUCCUCUUUUUUUGCAUCCUCAGUCAUCCUUCUUCUCGCUUCAUUCUUUCGCUAGCCACCAGCUGCUGGUGUCUGUAUUUUGCCUCCUUCUAUCCUUCUCUUUUGUUCCCUGCAUCCAUCUGUGUUUCACCUUGGUCCAGAGAGAAGGAAGGAAGAGCAGAGUCAGAGGCAUCAUCCUCCCCUCCUGCAAGCCCAGCCGGUGGUGGGUGCUGAUGCUGUAACCACUGUGUGGAGCUGACAAGCCCUGGUUGAUGCAGUGAAGUGUUCCAGAGGGAUAAACACAAGCGAAGGUCGCCAGCCAUGGGGAACCUCAUUAAGGUCCUUGGCAAGGAUUUAGAGAACUGUCCACAUUUUUUCCUGGACUUUGAAAGGGGCUCAUGGGAAACCUCCUGAAAGUGCUGGCUUGCGCCGAACUUGAGCAUGGCCCAAUAGUUUUCCUUGACUUUGAACAUGCCCAGCCCACGGAGGCAGAGACAGCCGUGUGGAACCAGGUCAGUGCUGUGCUGGAGGAGGCUCAUGGGAUCCUAGCCGAGCUGCAAUCUUAUAACGGCGCGGGCCAAGAGAUACGAGAAGCCAUCCAGAACCCAGGCGACCUCGCUCUUCAGGAGAAGGCCUGGAACGCAGUCUGUCCCCUGGUGGCCAAACUGAAGCGGUUCUACGAGUUUUCCCUCCGACUGGAGAAUGCCUUGCGCAGCCUGCUGGAGGCGCUAACCAGCCCGCCGUACGCUCCCAUGCAGCACCUGGAGAGAGAGCAGGCCUUGGCCAAACAGUUUGCUGAGAUCCUUCAUUUUACACUCAGCUUUGAUGAACUAAAGAUGACAAAUCCAGCCAUUCAGAAUGACUUCAGCUACUAUAGGAGGACUAUAAGCAGGAACAGGCUGAACAACCAGCAGCUAGAAGCGGAGAACGAGGUUAACAAUGAAAUGGCCAAUCGGAUGUCCCUGUUCUACGCUGAAGCAACACCAAUGCUGAAGACUCUGAGUAACGCCACCACCAAGUUUGUUUCAGAGAAUAAGACCUUGCCCAUUGAGGACACCACAGACUGUCUGAGCACCAUGGCCUGUGUGUGCCGUGUCAUGCUGGAGACUCCGGAGUACCGUUGUCGGUUCACCAACACAGACACCAUGCUGUUCUGCAUGAGGGUGAUGGUGGGAGUCAUCAUUCUCUAUGACCACGUUCACCCUGUCGGGGCUUUUGCCAAGACCUCCAAAAUCGAUAUGAAGGGCUGCAUCAAGGUGCUGAAAGAGCAACCGUCCAACAGUGUGGAGGGACUUCUGAACGCACUGAGGUACACGACACGGCAUCUAAAUGAUGACAGCACCUCCAAACAAAUCAGGGCCCUCCUGCAAUGAGAAAGAGGAGAGCGGUGGAGAGAGGGAGGAAAGAAGGAGUGCACUUGAAGGAGGAGAAAAACAAAGAAGAGGAGGAAACAAACACCAGUGGCUGAUAAACCUGUUUGUUUACAAUGAACAAAGAAAAUCAUCUCCAGGUUACGAGAAACCUGAUGAUAAUAAGAAGAGGAAAAUAAUUAUAUAUAUUGUCAGCUGUCCAUCAUUCUGUCUCUCAUUUUGUAAAGUAAGAAAAGAGAAAAAAAAAGCCAGAAAAGAAAAUAUAGAUAUAUAUUAAAACAAGUGAAACACAAGCAGCAGAUGAAAAAUAAGUAGGAUUAAAGAGGAAGCUAUAUUGCGAAAUUUAAGGUCAGAACCGACGCAAACGUGUACACAAAAAUGUACACACACACACAAAAAAAAGGUUCAUGUUCCAGCAGUAGACUGACAAGUAUUUUUGCACACAC